CUCCCCCGUGAGCUCAACACCCAGGUCCUCCGUCGGCUCCGGCUCCCUGCAGGAGCAACAACACCCACGUCAGCCCCUUUCCAGUCUACAAAAGCAGCGCUUCAGCCAACGUACGUCACGAGCACUUGAGCGUGGCGCUUUCGAGCCUUGGCCAGCUCCCGACGCGCAUUGGCCGCCGCCAUCCUCGGCACCUGCAGCAAGAAAUAUCACUCUCAUCAGCCGCCAAUUACUACCAUAGUUAGUAUACUAUCAUCUCUCCGUACUCGUUCGCGGAGCUUCUUGACCGCCGCCUCCUUCUCCUUGAGCUUGGCCUCCAUCUCCUUGAGCUUGGCCGCCGUCUUCUCGUCCAAGGGCGCCACCUCCUCUGCAACAUUGUACCAAAAUAGGAGUGACCAUCACUCCUGUUUAUCUUGCUUAUAGUAUGCAUUACGUUUGUCCUCCGGGUUGUACUUGCGCAGCGCGGCCGCGAAGACCGUGGCGCAGAGGUCGCUCACGUGCGCGCGGAAGAUCUGCUGCUGCGCCUUGGACGCCGACCCGCACUCCUCCAGCGCCGCCUGCGCCAUCUUCUCGCCGCACACGCGCUGCGCCUCCUUGAUCUCCAGGAACGAGUAGCGCGACGGCGUCUGCUCCGCCAUGUCCUGAUGAAAUUCAAAGUGCGCACUGUCCCCGAGUGAUGGCCCCGAGUGAUGGUGGUUUGUGAAGUGGUCCACACACUUUACGGCCCAUACGAACACGUGUGUACGCACUAUGUCCGGCUUGAUUUGAUAUCGCACAGUCAGACUUGGGGUCGGUCGCGGAAUCGCCUUUGCCACGCCGUCGGUCGCUCCACUUCCUCUUUGCUCUCGGUACAAGACGCGCGCGACUGCACGAAGACCAAGAGGGCUCACAGCAGCAGCAGCAGCGACAACAUGAGGCGCCCCACGGACCCUGGCGACGCGCCGCACUCGCUCUCGGCCUCUGCAGUCUUCGACCAAAUGGUCUCGUCCUCCUCCUCGGGCUUCGCGGCGUCCACGGGCCCCUCCUCGGCCUUCAACACGCCACAGAUGACGCCGGCCACGCCCCCACUGCACGCAGUCAACGCCACCGCAGGCAGCAGCGCUGCUGUCGCCCCCGGUGCUGGAGCCGGAGCUGGAGCUGGGGCGGGAGCCAGCGGUGGCGUGCUGCUGCUCGGCAAGCUCAUGCGCCGCGACCGCCGCCUGUUCACGUGGAAGUGGCGCGACUUCGUGCUGGAGCGCACGCGGCUGCAGUACUUCAGCGAGAAGGGCAACCGCAAGGGCGACAUCCCGCUGUCGCCCCACACGCCCAUCACCAUCCGCAUGAUCAGCGAGCCCAAGCCGUUCGGCUUCCUGCUCUUCAUCAAGGACACCAAGCUCACGCUGGCCGCGGCCACGGAGCGCGAGCGACACCAGUGGAUCGACGUCUUCUGCGACGUGUUCCACGCCAGCGUGGAGCAGGCGCCCGCGGACAACAAGGCGGAGCGCAGGGCCCGACCCACGUACCUCCCCAUCCCCGACAUGGGCGACGACGGAAUCGACCAUGACAGCAGCGCCAGCAACUUGCUGGUGCACCAGAACAGCUCGCUGGCGAACGGGGAGAGCGGCGAGGUUGGAGAAGGAGGCGGCCACUCGACGCCUGUGAUGGCGCACAACCUCCUGGACAACGAGCACGUAGGCAACUUGAAGCGCGACUCGUUCGGAGAAGACGUGAUCCCGAUCCUCGAGUCCCGGAUGACCUACGGGCCCUUGAAGGAAAUGUACUCGAGGAUCACGUUCCCGCCGAGUUUGGCUAAUGGAGAUCUGCUGGUGGGUGUUGGCCCCAUCGUGCGACGCAUGGGCUGGACGGACGAGCGUAUCUUGGCUGUGGGCAUGUACAUCGACCCCGAGACGGCGGGGAAGGAGCUUGAGAAGUUUCACGGUCGGGUAGCCAAGACUCUGCACGGUGAUCAGCAGUUUUACGACCACAUUCUCUUCCAUACGACAUUCCGACGCAGUUUCGUGGUCACAGCAAGGAAGCGCGUGUCCAAGUCGGUGUUGACAGCCCUGCUGCGCGACGAGUUGGCUCCGCGUAUGGGUCCCAAUGCUGCUGCGCUGCAGACGUUUCUCGGAUUCAUUGAGAAGUCGUUGAAAAAGGCGGAAUCCAUGGUCAUGCGGAUACACGAGGACGACCGCUUUGAGUACCGACUGCGCGGACAACUGUACCCGCCGAUCGCAUCGCAUGCGCUUUGCAAGUGCAUCCAGGCUCUCUUCUUCGACAGCAACUCCAUUCAGCACGAUGCGAAGCGUGGACUCAUUGAACGGUUGCCAUCGCUGUGGGGCGGAGAGGUGCUGGACGCUCAAGACGAAAUCUUCGGCAGUUUGCAUGAACGGAUCCAAGGGAUGGAUAGCGAAGACGAAGACGAAGACGACUCCGAGUCUGACGAUGACGAAGACGACGAUGAUGAUGACGAUGACGACGACGACGAAGACGAUAGCGAGGCGGAAGACCUUUUCGGUACUGCUGAACAGGGUCACGACGAUAACAACCGUCAGUCUCACCAGUCUCAUCAGUCUCACCAUGAAUCGGAAGACCAAGAGGUUAAGAAGACCGAGGAGAAACCGGAUGAUGAGAUGAAGGCCGAAGACACCGCCCCCGUGUCGAAGCCUCGUAAAACCAGUAGGGCGAGGAAGCACAGCCACACUGGCCCCCCGAAGAUGCACCGGCAGCCUUCGACCAAGGAUGAGUGGGCUGAGUAUGAUGAGCAGGAACUUGAGAUGCUGCGCCGUGAGAGUCGCAGUCUCAUGGUACACUUUGGUCCGAUGGUGGACCGAGACAGCAGCGUUAUGUUCAACGGGGACUUGGUCGUGGACGGCAGCGCGUUGCUUGGAACAUGGUCGCACCAGUUCUCGGUGUCGCCGGAUGAGUUCGACCAGCCUUACGCUUCCCACCAAUAUCGAUUCACGGUGGGCUUGUAUGUGGAUCCUGGUGCUCUCAGCGAAAGCCUUCUGAAGUACAAGGGAUUGUCCCUUGGUAGCAUUGUCCAGGAUACCGACUACUUCCAUCGAUUCUCGGCUGGCAAGUUCCAAAAGCACUUGGUAUUCAAAGUGGACAUCAAGGUGAAGCUGCGUGUCCUGCUCGAGUAUUUCGAUAUGCGCUUCCGCUCGCUUGCGAACUCGUUUGAGGAUAUCAAGACGCCGCUGGAUAGUAUGGUGUCUUUGUGGGACAAAGCGCACCCUCAGGAGCAGCAUCAGCAGCUCGAGCUGUGCCCGAAGGAUGAAGCUCGGUUCUCCAUCGACCCUGAAGGCAAAAUGGUUCUGCGUGUGAAGAAGCGCGGGUCCUUCAAGGACGACAAGAAGCACAGCCACUCCGUUGUUUCUACUACUUCUGUAGCCUCCUCUUUUGAGGAGGUUACUGUUCACGCUACUGGGGGCACGGACUCGACGGCGACAACCACCUCUCGUUCUGGAUCGUCCGCCGAAAGCACUCUGUCCCAUGUGACCAGCUUCCGUGGCAACACCGAGCUAGAGAUGGCGCUGCCUCCUCCGCCGUUCCAUUUGGCUUUGGAAAGUCUCAUCUUUGGCUUUCACGCCAUGGAUCCAUCGGCUCGGACUCAACUGAUGGAACGCGUGCCGAGUCUCCUCGACCUCGCGCGCGAUGACCUUGUGCACACCUACCACGAUGAAAUUCAGGCGUUGCGGGAGAACUACAAGCGCCAGAAGCCAGAGAACCGAGUGAAGGUCGGGUAUCUGUCGAUUUCGUUUGAGAAGCGCAAGACACAGAAGACCUUGGGACUUGGCAGCUCUAAGGAGGUCACAAUGGUGCCGUCGCGUUGGUCCAAGCGCUGGUGCCGGCUGGAUGGAACUCUGUUCUCGUACUACUCACACAAACGCUCGCGCAAGUACCGUGACAUGAUGGAGUUGACUCGCUGCGAGGUCGUAGAGAUCACGGCAAACAGCGGCCCCGAUGUCGCUCGGUUCGCGUGGGAAAAGGGCGAGAACGACAGCAUUCGUAUUGCGAUCAUCAAACCAAACGGCGAGAUUCUGGCGUUGCGCACGGAAACCAUCUACGAAGGCGAGGAGUGGCUGGAAUCGCUCAUCGACGCGAGCAAAGUGCGGCGCCAUGCGGGCCCGACGGACAAUUGGUCGUCCUGGGACGCCAACUUUUCCCAGUUGCGACGACGUAGCAGCAGCACCCGCGAGCUGCUGCCCAACAGAGUCGGCAGGAGUGGCUCGACGGCCAGCGCGCUCAACAGCGAGCAACGCUCGAGCGUCGGCCACGAUUCAACUGCCACCGACCGUAAGUCCCAUGGGAACGCUGCCGCAGUGGCCAACCUGACCCCGAACGAUGAUGACCUGGACGACGAAGAUGUCGACGGGUACGAUAGCGACCAGGAACUGGUCGAGAAGGACGGCUCGCUGCUCGCGUGGGUGCAGGAGGACCCGCGUCACGCCGUCAUUGCGUUCUUGCUGCUUCUCAUCGUGUACCUCGCGUCGGUGAUGCAUCGCCACCAGCCCGUGCUCGUCAGCAGCGCCGAAGUGCCGUAAGCUUCUUGUAGUCAAGUCCACUAAGGUCGUAAUGCCGGCAACGAAGAGAAAUGCUGCCGCAAGUGAUUGAAUGCAUCGUACCUUUAGACUGUCUUCGCCGAAUUUCAUUUGAUCUAAUAGUACACUUCUGGCGAUGAAGAGCUCCAUGCAGACAAGGAGAGUACUCUACCCUCACGCGUAGUACUGCGGCUGGUAGUAGAGUGCUCGUCGCUGCGCUUCUUGCGAGGCGUAGUGCACGGGUCCUCCCCACAGCGCGUCCUGUCCAAGCGUGGGCAAUUGUCGAAUGGGUCCACCAGGCUUUCGGACGCCCGGAAACCUCCGUUC